AUGGCCGAAUCCUCGAAUGGUGUCGACGGAAGCGUGGACCGUGCAUCCCGCGUUCCGCCAUAUAUUAGGGGCGACCCUGCAUUGUGGUUCGUACAAUUAGAGACAUAUUUUGCAGUUUCGCGGUACACCGAUGAAGAAACGCAAUUUCGUAUAGUGAUCAUGAACGUAACCGGUGACGUACUUAUGGCAGUGCGUGAUUUAGCCACAAAUCCGCUUGUGACCGGAAAAUACGACGCAAUCAAGAAGCGUAUCUUGGACUCCUUCGGCGAAUCGCAGGAGGUUCAAUUGCGUCGGCUGCUGCAUAAGCAGGAGUUGGGCAGUGACAAGCCUUCAGUGUUCCUGUGUAAAUUGCGCGCGCUAGCAGGUGAAAGGUGUCCAGAUAAUUCAUUACGUACUUUAUUUUUAGAACGUUUGCCAGAAAAGGUGCGGACAAUUCUGGCGGUUAGUGUCAACGCGGAUUUGCCGAUGCUCGCUGAACAAGCGGACAGAAUCUGCGAGCAGUUCGGUGUACUGGACUCAGCUGUUCUGGCUUGCGAAGUGUGUGCGAUCGUAAAGGCGCCUCCAACUCUAGCGGAUUCCGGUGAUCUGGUCAAGAUCAACGCUCAAUUAAACGAAAUAUGUACGCGGCUCAGCAGACUCGAUGCUCUUGCGCGUCGACCGAGUCGCUCCAGUUCGCGCGGAAGAAGCCCGUCUCGACCCAGGACUCAAUCUGAAGAUGGACUGUGCUACGUCCACCGUAAGUAUGGUGACAGGGCUCGGCAUUGCCAUGCGUCGUGCUCGUGGGCUGCAAGGCAGUCGGAAAACUAG